GCGAUGGGACGCACGACGCAGGACGCAGGACGCAGGCAGGAGCCGGCGCGCUUCUGCUUCCUGGCGAGUGGAUGUAAACAGAAGGACGUUCCCCUCCGGAGACGACGACGACGGCGGCGGCGGCAGGAUCAACCAUGAGCGGGCUGGAGCUGCUGAACGUGUUCGUGAACGACCGACUGACGGCGGCCGCCGAGGAGAUCCUCCGCGCCGUCAGGGACGCGCUGCUGGAGCACCAGCGCGAGCUGCUGCGCUCCAAGGCGGAGAACGAGCGGCUCCGGCGGCUGCUCAACGUCGCCGUCCAACGGCUGCUGCUGCAGCCAGAGCCUCCCUCUGCCCUGCCCCGAGACGAUGUGCAGCCCUGCGAGUGGAGGAGCGGCGUGGAGCUGCUGCCACUCGUCAAAGAAGAACCAAACCUCAGACACAUUCAAACAGAUUGUUCACAGGAAGCCAGUGACUCGGAGGAGGGGACCUGCAGUCACCCUGAGCAACGACGAGGGUCACAUCCUGUCCCGCCUCGGACUGUAUCCCCACCUCCACGGACACCACACGAGUUAAAGGCAGAGAGGGACAGCGAGGACGACAGGAGGCAGCCGUCGGCCAACAGCUCGGCCUCCUCUCCCACCGUUGACUCAAACUGUAGAGCAGCUCAGAGGGAUUCUUGUGCCGCUGGCGCCGCGAAGAGUCACAGGACUCAGAAAGCCGACCAGCCGGCGAGGGGGUUCCUCCGCUCAAAUGGAAAACCGAGCGCUCACAUACUGCAGAUAAAGAACGUGAGGUCCCUGAAGCAGCCCCCGCCCCGCUCCUCUCACCCGGGCCAGAGCAUCCAGCGGUGGCACAGCUGUAGAGAGUGCGGGAAGGGCUUCAGCUUCGCCUGCCAGCUGGAGGUCCACAUGCGCUGGCACACAAAGGAGAAGCCGUACAGCUGCGCGGUGUGCAGGAAGAGCUUCACCACGGUCAGCAUGCUGAAGAGGCACCACCGCAUCCACACCGGGGAGAAGCCCUUCCACUGCCACGUCUGCGGGAAAUGCUUCAACCAGUCGGCGCACCUCAACACCCACUUCAGACUACACACCAGAGAGAGGGCCGGCUGGAGCCGAGUGCCGCAGUCCAAGUGAAGUGGACCUGCCCAGCAAAGGACCGGAGCAACGACUGACUUCUCACCCACAAAACUGAGACAACAGACCUUCCUAUAGUAGACAGGUAUAACUCAUUGUAUUCAUGGUGGCUCUGUUCACGAGCCAGCGCCCACAGUACAAGAGCUGGAACAGGAUAACUCAUUUGAAAACAAUCAUUAUAAUUGUAUUGGUUCUAGGGAGUCAAGAUAUCCGCGGUGAGAAAAGUCUUUCGCGUUAAUUUGCAAAACCACAGUCAUAAGCUGAUCGGUAACGAAGUGUCUGCUGCAGAACCUUCAUGUGAGAGGUGACGGAGAAAUGCAGGGGAGAAGCAUUCUAAAUAUAAAUUAGCCGAUAGUGUUGGUUCCGAGGCUACUGUACUGGACAGUGUGUCUGUGCUAUUAGUGGGAAGAAGCUGAUUAUUAUUUUCUGAUGAUGAUAAUCUUAUUAGUAAGAAGCUCAUGAAAUCAUUGCUACUAAGAGUUGGAGGAAUAGACUGUUAAAUAGAGCUAAUUGGACUAAUUUCCAGUCUAGAUGAGAAUCAUCUAGAUUAGUGGAACGCCACUUCCUUUCUAACCUACGUGACGUCUGUUUUAAAGCACGUGUUUGUGCGUUGUGCCACGGAGCUAUCCUCCUCUGUUUGACUGUCUUCUUUUUUCAGAGUGGCGACAGUGUUGAGUGUGGUACUCAAUGACGCUGCUGUACUAUUAACAACAUCAUUGAUUUGUCAGAGUAAAGUUUUGGUAACUAUCCUGCAUUGUACAGGACACAUGGCAGCGAAGAAAGUAACAAAUGGAUUUUUUUUCUUUAGCAGGAGAGUCAGUCUGUGUUUUUUUCUGAAAUGACACGUGGUGGAAAUGUCUGCCGUGAAACAGAUUUAGAGUUGCAUAGUGUCUUUUCAGUGUUGUUCCUUGUGCCUGUCAUUGUGUGUACCAUGUUUACAAGGUUGUGUAAUUGGUGGAACGACCUGAUCGUUUGAACGGUCCAAUGAGACGCUGUUGGUCCUGUCUGACACGAAGAGCCUGAUGUGGUAACAACACCGACAUCUGCUGGAGAUCUGCUGGUACUGACUGACAUUGAGAAAAGAAAUGCAGAAAAUGACAAUACACAAACAAACCCUCCUCUCUGUAGAAACUUGACGUGUAUCCUGUAAUCUUCCAAAGUAGUACUGAGCUCAAUGGUCAGUUAACAACUGACUGUGGUCCACAACCAAACAUGUGAGGGGAGGUGAAUCUUAAUGUUAGUUAUCUCACAUAAUAAGAUUGUGAAGCCCCUUAAGGCAAAUAUGGGAUAUUUUGAGAAUAUUUGUGAUAUGGGGCUCGAUAGAAUUUGUCCUGAUCAGACUGAAAGUACUUGGACGUUUACACAGAUGAUGUUCUUGCGGCACAGGAGUGAGAGAGGUCAUCAACCAACCUUGGUGGUUCGAUCCUCUUCACUCAGCUUGACAAAGUGUCCUUGGGCAAGACACUUAACCCUUACUUGCCUCUGACAGCUCUUCCAGCAAUGUAUGAAUGUAUGUGAAUGUAACUUGUACUGUAAAAGCACUUUGAGUGGUCGAUACGACUAGGA